CGUACGUCACCCCUCGUCACGUGGCGCGGGGAUUUGGCGGGAGGUGGCUGGUGGCGGGAAAGAAAGGGUCGUCGGUUCGCGGAGUUUCGCGUUAAACAAAAAGAGGGGAGAAGACGACGAGGUCGCAGCAGAGGCGUUCAUCGAAGACGUUGGUGCAACAAAGUGAACAAUGAUCGGCCACGGCGGCUACACGAAGUUCGGGAUCACGGACGGGGCCGUGGCGCAAAUCGUGGAAGGGAAAACCCCCAUUAGGCCGGUGGUGCAGGUUCUGGCUCUCAAGCCGGUGCCCAACACGCAGGGCAACACUGUUGAGCGCUAUCGCGUGCUCAUCAGCGACGGGGUCCACUCCCACUCGUCCGUCAUGUUGGCGACACAGCUGAACCCGCUUGUGGUGCAGGGCAAGGUGAAGACCCACACGCUGUGCCGGCUUAACAAGUUCAUCCUCAACGACAUGAAGGAUGGCAGGAGAGUGGUCGUCGUUAUGGAGAUGGACGUUGUGAUGUCGGCCGAGGAGGUAGGCGGGAAGAUCGGGAACCCCCAGCCCCACACGGAUGGAGGCAGCAAGGCGCAGCAAGGUAACCAGACAGUGGCGGCAAAUGGUGGGGGAGGCGCGGGAGGUGGAGGGUACCUUGGAGGCGGUGCCGGCACUGGUCGUGGCGGUGGCGGUGGCUUUGGUGCUGGCGGGGGGGGACCCAUGGUUAAGGCAGCGAGCGGCGGCUCCUCCGCGUACCACCCCGCUCCGCCCAUGACUCCUGGCGGCUCGGCCGUCCGUGUGGUGCCCAUCACCAGCCUCAACCCUUACCAGAACAAGUGGACGAUCCGUGCGCGGGUCACCAACAAGCAGAAUAUCCGCACGUGGAGCAACUCGCGCGGGGAGGGGAAGCUGUUCUCCAUGGACCUGACGGAUGAGAGUGGAGAGAUCAGAGCCACAGCCUUCAAGGAGCAGUGCGACAAAUUCUUCCCGAUCAUCCAGAUGAACCAGGUUUACUACAUCUCCCGGGGGUCGCUGAAAGCAGCCAACAAACAGUUCACGGCCAUCAAGAACGACUACGAGAUGACGUUCAAUAAUGACACCACUGUGGUGCCGUGCCCCGACACCCACGAGCUGCCCAUGGUGCAGUAUGACUUCCAGCCCAUCGCUUCCCUCCAGGACCGUGACAAGGACUCCAUCCUGGACGUGCUGGGCGUGUGCACGAGCUUCGAGGACCCCACCAAGAUCACCAUCAAAUCGAGCAACCGUGAGGUCAGCAAGCGCAACAUCCAGGUCGUCGACGACAGCUGCAAGACGGUCAGCGUGACCCUGUGGGGCACCGAGGCGGAGAUGUUUAACGGCGCUAAUCAGCCCGUGCUGGCCUUGAAGGGCGUGCGCCUUUCCGACUUUGGCGGCCGCUCCCUCUCGUUCAUCAGUUCCAGCCUCAUGGUGUUGAACCCCGACAUCCCUGAGGCCUACAAGCUGCGCAGCUGGUUCGAUCGCGAGGGCCAGAACAUGGAGACGGUGUCGAUCUCCGAGCAGCGCUUCGGCGGCAGCUCCUUCAUGGAGAGCCAGUGGAAGACGCUGUCCCAAGUGAAGAUGGAAAACCUUGGCCAUGGUGACAAGGCCGACUACGUGACGGUGAAAGGCUCCAUCAUCUCCAUCAAGAAGGACAACUGCCUGUACCAGGCGUGCCCCAAGCUCGACUGCAACAAGAAGGUGCUCGACCUCAACAACGGCAGCUUCCGCUGCGAGAAGUGCGACGCCGAGGUGCCCAACUUCAAGUACCGCCUCAUCCUGCAGGCCAACAUCGUGGACUACACUGACAACCAGUGGGUGACCUGCUUCCAGGAGCAGGGGGAGAGCAUCCUGGGCAUGAAGACGGAGGCUCUCGGGGACCUUAAGGACUCGGAUGACCAAGGCGCCUACGAGCAGGUCUUCCAGAACGCCAACUUCACCACCUACAUCUUCCGCAUGCGGGUCAAGCUGGAGAAUUACAACGAUGAGUCUCGCAUCAAGAUGACCAUCAUGGAGGUGCGGCCGUGCGAUCCCAGUGAACACAGCAAGAGGUUGAUCACGGAGAUCCGCAAAAUGGCCCUGAGCGACUGAGCCCGGCGCGCUCUGCCGCUGCUCUGCGCCAUUUGGUGUCAUCGUGCCGGUGGGGUGAGGGGGCGGGUUCGCCCACCGCCGCUCACCGCUGUCCCCUUCUGCUCCUCGCUCUUUUCGAUCCAUAAAGUGGCUUUGUUGUCAGGCCACUUCUGGAUGAAGGCCUCUCCUGCACCCCGUGACACAGCCAUGGGGCUUUUUUGACGCUACUGCGCCAUGCUGAUUACUGCGGUGGCAUUGGUGAUGGUAAGUUGGGGGGGGCCCUCGGUCCAUUGUAGAUAUCGCUCUCAAUUUAGUGACAGUAGAACAACGACGAGCUGGUGGCGGGUUCAUAGCGCAUUGCGCUGACCACUGUUCCUUUAAGAGGGGAGGGCUGGGUGGCUCACGUGUCAGAGCUCUGAACCGACACCGCUGAGGACCUGCAUCUCCUUUCAUAUUCUCAGUAAGCUAGGCUAAGCUAUAAAACGAAACUGUUCUUUUUACCAGAUAAUGCCCACAGCUAUAUUUAGCUGUUUUGCAGAAGCUAUCUGGACAGAAUUUGAUAGCUCAACGAAGUGGCUUUUUGCGUUGAAAUUUAUCGCAGCCAAAUACUUUAAACACAUGAUGUUGAUUCUAAAUGUGGAGGGGCCAACCAGAGAACCCAGAGAAAAAUCCACACAACGACGGGGAGAACAUGCAAUCUCCAAAUAUACAGCAGGUGUCAGGGUUUGGAUUGAACCCAGAACCUCCUGCAUACCAGGCCCGGUACUUAACAUCUCGCCACCGUAGCACCCCUAAAUAACGGUGGUAAAACGGUCCUUUUGCUUAACCCCGGUACAGCGAGACUUUAAACAACGUAAACUUGUAAACUAUGUCCCCAAUUUCUCGUCAGAUGCCUCGAGUGUUGCCGUGUUUCCUUCAUCGUCGAGCACCGUUCUUAGCAUCCCUCUGAUUUCACUUCAAAUCGUUCUCACCCCAGCAACACCCGUUCCCAGGUGUUACGUUUGCAUGCACGCAUGGCUUUGUUACUUUUUAAUUGCAUUAACGUUUUUGUGUCGUCGGCUCGUUCCCAGCGCGAGGUUCACGGUUGUUGAAUAAGGUCGGCGCUCGUAGCGGGCUGUGCAUGCAACUAACCUGACCGUGUUGCGCCGCUCAUCCAUCGCCCGGGCGGUUGACCUGGCUAAACAGGGACGCUGGGCUUCGUUUAAAAAGAAAAUUUUCCACCCAAGCCGACACGCUGCGCUCAUUUGGCUUUCGGAUCGAGAUGUUUUUUGCGUCAGUCGCCAAGCUACUCCGUGAACUUUGCUGUACGUAUGCAGGAGCGCAGCACGUCACUUUGGGAGCGUGCGACCUUCAUUUUGAUGCGAUCGUGGUUGCGGGGUAAACGUGUGGCUUUGGGUUUUUGUUGCAGGCGAAAGUAACUCCUGUUCCCAGAACAUGGGGAAUGCAAACCUCCUGGACCUCAGGGAAAUGUUACAAAUUUUCUCUUAUACUUUGGUUCAACUUUGUUUUAAACCUGUUGAUCCGUUACGUCAUAUUCACGCAACAAUGACCCCAUAAUUGUUCCACCAUGCCCCACGAAAAUAAUACGUUCACCUUUGAGGUCUCUCCGCUAAUGAGAAUUGGGUAGUUCCUCAUUUCUCUCUCGCGCACGAACGUGUCUCUUCGGGCUUGCGUACGUACCGCGUGUUCAUCACAAUGUCCGACUUGAAGAAGCUCCCGGUGGCAAAACGUCCCGGGGACGUUGCUCGCGUGCCGAACAACGUGCGGUAACAACCCGAAACCGCAGCGCUGGAAGCUCUCUCCCUGUUGCGCCACGACGAUUUGCAGGUCCCGAAGGUGUUGGACCCUUUCCUACAUCUGGCAGACUCGCUCUCACGGUUCAAAGUUGCUUUUUGGAAGCCACAUGCCGGCGCCCCCUCCUCACACGCGCCGCCGUUGUCGUACACGCUGCUUGAACGUGUGCGGUCUCUCCGCGCUCGCGUCUCGACGCGCGGUUCCCCGUCACUGCGGCGGUGAGGGCCGCGUCAAGCGCCCCCCCCCCCCCCCCCCGUGCAAAGUUCCCUUUAUGUGAGACGGACGUCGUUGAGUAACGCGCGUGCGUGCGUCUGCAUACUGCCGCCUAGGUUAUAUUGUUUGUGUUUUUCCUUUAAAUCUCAUAAUAAAGACAUCUGGUAAGUCAUGUGUUCAGCGAA